AUGGAGCGAUGUGAGAAGAUUUUGUCACACGCGGUCCUCGAACGAAGGCGCGAGGUAGUUGGCAAAAAUCAUCCAGAUACCGCCGCUGCUACAGCCGAACUUACAGCUGUUCUCUUCGCACAGGGUUUGUAUAAUGCGGCUGAGGAGAUCCAGGUCAAGGUACUGGAGAUGCUACGAGAGAUUCAUCGCGAAAAGCACCCAGAUACUAUCUGGGCGAUAGGCAGUCUUAUGGCCUCAUACUCCUCGCUUGGCCGGGACAAAGAGGCCGAGGAGCUCCGAGUAAAGGUGCUGGAGCUACGACGAGAGGUUCUCGGAGAGAAACACCCAGAUACGAUCCGGGCGAUGGGCAAUCUUGCGUCUUCAUACUUUUCUCAACAGCGAUAUAGAGAGGCCAAGGAAAUAGAGAUAAAGGUGCUGGAGCUGCGACGAGAAGUUCUCGGGGACAAGCAUCCGGAUACGAGCGCGGAGAUGGAGCCUCUAUCGCUCACAUAUGAGUUUAGGUUCAAAUUCUGGAAGUCUAUACCGUUAGGCCUUGAGGCGAAUCUCGGCAAGCGUUAA